UAGGCACUCAGCAACAGUCUCUCUCUGAGACACACACACACACACACACACACUUACCCUCUAUAGUGACUGCCUGGAAGGAAUCUUGCAGUUUGCGGCUGCAGCACUCUGGACAUGCAGGACCAUGUCUGAGUGUCCCUUCAAUUAGAUUGCGAGGACGAGAGGUUUCCACAUGGUUACGGAUUCAGAGACUCUAUCCUUAGCCACUGCCACAGACUGAGCUGGAAAAGCUGGAAAAGGAAGGAGGAAAAAGAAAGUCCCAUACCAAAAAGGACACACUCCAGUUGCAGAAACUAAAAGAAACAGACAGACUCCAGUAGACAGUCAAUCAUGCAUGGCUCCACCCUUGCACUGAUCUUGACUGGGGUGCUCCUGUACUUAGUGAUGGGGGCACUGGUGUUCAAUGCACUUGAGACCCCAUAUCAGGAAGCCCACCACGUCCAACUGCAAAACACCCUUCAAGAGUUUCUAGGCAACAACACCUGUGUGAACCAUAAACAUCUGGACACGUUUUUAAAUAAAGUGGCAGAUGCUAUCAGUGUUGGAGUUCAGCCCAGCAGCAAUGCCACAUUCAGCACUAGUUGGGACCUGGCCAGUGCUUUCUUCUUCUGUGGCACCAUUGUCACUACCAUUGGUUAUGGGAACAUCUCUCCAAAGACAACGUGGGGUCAGUUCUUCUGUAUCUGGUAUACGUUGGUGGGUAUUCCCUUGUUUGGGUUUCUUCUUGGUGCUGCAGGAGAUCGUCUGGGGACUUCGCUGAGCAAUGCCAUUGCUAAAGUUGAAGCUCUUUUAUGGAAGUGGAAGGUGAGCCCAACCAUCGUGCGUGUCAUCACCGCUGUGCUGUCCAUCAUGCUGGGCUGUGUUCUCUUCGUCUUUGUGCCAAUUUUAGUCUUCCAGAAGGUGGAAAAAUGGACUCUGCUAGAAUCUGCCUAUUUUGUGGUUAUCACCCUCACUACUGUGGGCUUUGGAGACUAUGUUGCAGGUAAUGGUGGUGAUGAGGGUCAAGAUAAUUGGUACAAGCCUCUGGUCUGGUUCUGGAUUUUGUUUGGUUUAGCCUACUUUGUGUCCAUUCUUUCCAUGAUUGGGAACUGGAUUCUGGUUCUUAUAAAAAAAACCCGUGCUGAGAUGGAGGAGUUGAGGGCACAUGCCUCAGACUGGACCCAGAACAUUCAGAACAUGUCCGUGGAUUUUAACAUAGCUGGAAAACUGGAAGAUCCUUUCAAGCGUACCAGGCGAAAGCGGCGCCACAGGCGCCACAGACGCAGCAACAGCCAGAGUGUAUCGGGUGGAGGUGGAGAGGAUGGAAGGGGGGAGAAUGAAUCAGAAUCCAGCUCUUACUCGUCCGACAAGUCAGAGGGCAGCUCUGAGACUGAGUCAGAGGUGACAGAGACAAAACAGGUCCCGGAGGUAGGGGUCUUCAAAGAUAUAGAGAAAGAGGAAAAGCCCAAAGCCACAAACAUGGCCAAAGAUCCCAUUAUCUCUCAGCCCUUGGAUUACUUUGGGGAAAAUCUUGCCUACAUUGACGAGUCCUCAGAUGCGGUGAGUGGGAAGAUUCACCUGGAUCCACUCCUGGAUGUACCUGAAUCCAAUCCGGUUUCUAAAGACAAGCCCAAAAGAAGACGUCAAAGGAGACACUGGAAAAAGGAUCCACAGACACCCAAGUCUAUCAAAACCAUUCCAGCUGAACUAGAGGAUAUUAAGCCAAAUGGAGACAUUCAGCAAAAAGACCCCUCUCCACUGAAGCUGUGAGCAAGCAAGUUGUUCAUGGGGUUU